CAAAGGGGGUGCACGAACGCAGAGAAACGCUUCCCCGCCCGGCAGAGAAAUGGAUGACGUGCUCCCCGUGGACUCGGACCUUUUUCCGAACGUGUCCACCAACACCUCGGAGUCCAACCAGUUUGUCCAGCCAGCCUGGCAAAUUGUCCUCUGGGCGGCUGCCUAUACGGUCAUCGUGGUGACCUCCGUGGUGGGCAACGUGGUGGUGAUGUGGAUCAUCUUGGCCCACAAGAGAAUGAGGACAGUGACCAACUAUUUCCUGGUCAACCUGGCCUUCGCAGAGGCCUCCAUGGCAGCGUUCAACACGGUGGUGAACUUCACCUACGCCGUCCACAACGAGUGGUACUACGGCCUGUUCUACUGCAAGUUCCACAACUUCUUCCCCAUCGCCGCUGUCUUCGCGAGCAUCUACUCCAUGACAGCCGUGGCCUUUGAUAGAUACAUGGCCAUCAUCCAUCCCCUCCAGCCCCGACUGUCAGCCACAGCCACCAAGGUGGUCAUCUGUGUCAUCUGGGUCCUGGCUCUCCUGCUGGCCUUCCCACAGGGCUACUACUCAACCACAGAGACCCUGCCCAACAGAGUGGUGUGCAGGAUCGAGUGGCCAGAACAUCCCGAUAAGAUUUAUGAGAAAGUGUACCACAUCUGUGUGACCGUGCUGGUCUACUUCCUCCCCCUGCUGGUCAUCGGCUACGCAUACACCGUUGUGGGAAUCACUCUGUGGGCCAGCGAGAUCCCUGGGGAUUCCUCUGACCGCUACCACGAGCAAGUCUCUGCCAAGCGAAAGGUGGUCAAGAUGAUGAUCGUUGUGGUGUGCACUUUUGCCAUCUGCUGGCUGCCCUUCCACAUCUUCUUCCUCUUGCCCUACAUCAAACCGGACCUCACCUCGGAGAAGUUUAUUCAGCAGGUUUACCUGGCCAUCAUGUGGCUGGCCAUGAGUUCCACCAUGUACAACCCCAUCAUCUACUGCUGCCUGAAUGACAGGUUCCGGGUGGGCUUCAAGCAUGCCUUCCGCUGCUGCCCCUUCAUCAGUGCCGGGGACUAUGAGGGGCUGGAAAUGAAAUCGACCAGAUACCUCCAGACCCAGGGCAGUGUGUAUAAGGUCAGCCGCCUGGAGACCACCGUCUCUACCGUGGUAGGGGCCCAGGAGGAGGAGCAAGAGGAUGGCCCCAAGGCUGCACCCUCUUCCCUGGACCUGACCUCCAAUGGAUCCUCUCGCAGCGACUCCAAGACCAUGACAGAGAGCUUGAGUUUCUACUCCAACAUGCUCUCCUAGACAGUGGCACUGUCAUCAGGACCAGCCACUCAUCUUUGCCUUGUCUCAUUUCAUGCAUGGGUAGUUCCUUCCUCUGAAGCCAUCAGAAACACCUUAACAUCAGGGCUUGUGGAAAGAGACAGGGUGGUUUAGGGCAAACAUUUCAUCCUGAUCAGAGUUAAAUUUCUGGAUGCUUCCAGGUCUUUACCACUCCCAAUCCGUGCAACUCAAGACAAAUCACAAAACCUCUCUGAGCCUAUGAAGUAAGAAGGUUGAGCUAGGGUUUUUCAACAAUACAUUCUGUGAUUCAAGAAUUAUCUCUGAAUACAGAUGCUCCCUUCAGAAUAAAUCAUGCAGUGCAGUAAUGGAUCCAGUUGUUCUG